CAUUCUUUGGGUUCUCUCUGUUCUUGGUUAAUGUCUAAGGUUGAAAGAUAGAGUCCUAUCACCUGUUUCCGCUAAAUUUCUCAAAGACUUGAACUUUUUUCGUUUUUGAAAUCAUGGGGGUUGAGUUCCUAAUUUUUCUUUACAUUGCUUGAUUUUUGUGGCUUGUUGGGUAGUUGAAGUGACCAAAGAUUUUGUCUUUGCUGAUAGUUGUGCGUGAAAAGCAUUAAAUUAUCCGAAUAUAGCGAAGGGAGGGUUAAGGAUAUUUGCUUUCCAUUUCUGGCAAAAAGAUACCAACACCUCGUCUCUCUUUUCACUUUAUUCUUCAGCUUUGGUUGAGCUCGACGAUUCUUCCAGUUUUGACUUCCUCUAAGGUGUACUGCGUCAGAGAAUUGAACCCUCCGGGCUUCGCCAUCUGGUACUUGCACAUGUUUCCUCACUGAACAAAUUCCUUUAUAAGGCGUCAAUCUAGAGUUGUUUUUUUUCCAGAGUUGUACGUGAAAAUGGGGUUUCAGACACGACCCACAAGUAGAAAUUUCAGCCAAGAUGAAGCGGAAGAUGAUAUUGCUAGCAUUUCGCAUUUGAUUUCGACGUUGAGAUCGGCAUUUCUGACUUCUGAUUUCGACCACGUAGAAGAAAAAUUAAUAGCCAGAGAAACUAAACUAAAGAGGGAGAUUAUUAAGCUGAAGAGUGAGAAUCAAGUGCUGGAGGAAAAACACCAAUUUGAUAGGUUGGAAAAGCUUAACCUUGGGGAAGAGCGAAAUGCAGCAAAUGAGAGAUACAAGAAGCUACUGGGGGAGGUGAUGAGGGGAGUGGGAUCCGAUGAUAAAGUUACAAUGUUGGAGCUCAGGAGGAAGAACGAUGAGUUGGAGAGUGAAAAUAAGAAGCUUGAGGCUUUGCUUCAUAAUAAUUUUACAAGAUGGGAGAACAACAUUUCAAGGUUAGAGAAGGAUACAGAGGAAUUGAUGAAUGAAAGGCGAAUGGGUUCAAGAAAAAUGAGAGGAAGAAGAGGAAAUGGUGGAAUGAUUGUUGAUGGUAAAAAGGACAAUUGUAGUGUAACCCAUUUCCCUGUCAUAGACUUAGAGAAUGUGGUUGAGUUGAAUGAAAAUGGAAGCGCGGCAGCUAGUGCACCAGUCUCUCCUUUGAGUGAUAAUCCACAUUCUAAAGGCAAUGGGCAUCAGCAAAAUUCAGGUGCUCACAAAUUUUCAUCCGGAGGCGCUGGUUUUAUUGUCUGUAGUGAUGAUGAUUGUGCACCCAGAGAAAAUUCAGGUUUGUCUGGGGUACAAAAGAAACCAAAGUUUCUCAAAAGAAAAUGUGCUUCAUCUCCGAGCAGUGGUGAUAAGGAGAAUGGUGAUGACAAUUUUGAAGAGAUGGAGCAACACUCUAAGUUCAACCUUGAACCCUUUGGUUCUAAGGUGAAUCACUGCUCAGAAGCGGGUGUUACUUCCACUACUAAUGACCCAUCAAGUCGUGAUCCAGUGAACUUAAGACAAGCUGAAGAAGAAAUAGAGCCAGAACAGAAGUUAUUGGAAUUUAUUAGGCCUCUUGCGGAGGCGAGGGUUGAUUGUGAUAGUGGCAGUUCUAGUUCCAGUUCUUCUGACUCUGAGGAUGGCAAUAGAUGUCAGUUUUUAUACUCUUAUGCAAUGCAAAAGGUCAAAGAAAGAAAGGAAUACGUCUCAAGAGAUUCUUGUAUCUGAGGAUCCAUAUGGGAGCCUAAAAAGGAACUGUCAAGGAGAUGUAGGUGUAUGCUGGAGAACUUCAUUGUGACUGCAAGACACCUAUCAGUGGUACUUUGAGCACUUUUUGGAGAUAUGCUAUGUGCUUGACAGAAUUUGAUCUGAGCCCUUUACUUUUGCUAUAUUGUAAUUAUGAACUUAUAAUUUCGACGGGAGCAAUACAAACCCGAGCAGUAGACAGUUUUCGUAUUGGGCUGGUCAGUGAAAUUGUGUGGUGACUAAUCUGUUUACUAA